ACAAUAUUGGUGGACCCCCGGGACCAUGGAUGCUGUCGCUGACGAGCACCAGCGCAUUUCGCGCUGGGAAAACGAUCCGCUCCCACGCGUUGUCGACCGCCUCGGCGAGGAAAAGCCGGAUGGCGUGUACAGCAUCUGGGCGACCGCGUCGGGCCUGCGCACCAUCACCUACCGCCAGCUGGCGAACGCCGUGAACGGCGCGGCCGGCUGGCUUGUGUCCCAGCUUGGACCGGGCCCCGGUGGUCGUGACGCUGAAGUCCUGACCUACGUCGGCCCGACCGACGUGCGCUAUGUCGUCUUGUUGAUUGCCGCCGUCAAGGCGGGUUAUGUGCUUUUCAUGACCUCGCCCCGCAACAGCCUCGAGGCGCACCGCUCGCUGUUCGACCGGCUGAAGUGCCGGACGCUGUUGACCUCGGACCCGGUCCCGCCGCCGGUGCGACCCGUCAUCGACGUGGUCGAGGCACGCCAUCUGAUUGUGCCGUCCGUGGAUGAGCUCCUGGGCAAGGAGUACCCGCAUUUUGCCUUUGACAAGACCUUCCAAGAGGCGCAAUGGGAUCCCCUACUAAUCAUACACACGUCGGGGUCGACAGGCAUCCCGAAGCCUAUAAUCUACACCCACGAGGCCUGGGCGCGCCAAGUGCGAUGUGUCGGCCGUCCUGUUCCAGGAGGGUUGCCCUCGCUGGACAGUGCUUCGCGCGGCAAGCGGGUGAUCUCCAUGUUGCCGCUCUUCCAUGGAGCUGGCAUCUCGCAGCACAUCUUCAACGCCAUCCCAUUCGGCAAUAUUCCCAUUGCGGUGGGCACGGCUGCCAUCCCCACGGCCCAAGAUAUCGUGGACACCCUCAAACAGACGCCAGCCGAGGUGGUGAUUGCCGUUCCGUCGGUGGUGGCGGAGCUGGCCCAGAACCCCGAGCUGCUGGAUUUUUGCGCGUCCCGCCUAGAGAUGAUCCUCUUCAUCGGCGGCGCUCUGCCGCAAGCCAUCGGCGACACUGUCGCGUCCAAGGUGCAGCUCCGGUGCCAGUGGGGUGCAUCCGAGGUGGGCAUCCCGCAGCAAGUCAUCGCGCCCGAGCUCGCAGGACCUGGCGGCUGGAGCUACGUCCGCUUCCACCCGUGUGUUGGCGCCGCGUUUGACGAGAUUGCCGAUGGCGGGUACGAGCUCGUAAUCCGGCGGGAUGAGGCAGUGGCCGAUACCCAGCCAACAUUUGCCAUCCAGAACUUUGUGCAGCUGGAGAAAGAAUACCGCACCAAGGACUUGUUCGUGCCCCAUCCGACCGUUCCGGACGCGUGGCAGUGGUGCGCCCGGGCGGACGACAUCAUAGUCUUCCUCAACGGCGAGAAGACGAACCCGGUCUCGAUGGAGCAGCACAUCGUCGCCAGGAACCCCGAGCUGCGCGGGGCCAUCGUCGUCGGCAGCCAGCGCAUCCAGGCCGCCCUGCUGAUCGAGCCGGUGUCGACGGCCAAGCUGACCACCGCCGAGCAGGCCGCCCUCAUCGAGCGCGUCUGGCCGAGCGUGGAGGAAGCCAACCAGAGCGCCCCCAUGCACGCGCGCAUAGACAAGUCGUUGAUCCUGGUGACCCCGGCGGACCGGCCGCCGAUCCGCGCCGGCAAGGGCACCAUCCAGCGCGCCAGCACGGUCGCGCAGUACGCGGCCGAGAUCGACCAGCUUUACGCGCAAGCGGACGAGACGCUGGAGGACGACGAGGCGCCGGCGGCGGCAGCUGCAGCGGCGCCGACAGAUGCCGCCGGUGUUGCGCGCGUCAUCCGCGAGGCCGUCCGGGCCGUGACCGGCUGGCCCACGCUCGAAGACGCCGACGGCUUCUUCGAGCGCGGCAUGGAUUCGCUCCAGGCGCUGCGGCUCACGCGCGCUGUCCGCCGUGCCUUUGGACGCCAGGACCUCGCGCUCUCCACGAUCUACCAGCACCCCAGCGUGCAAGCGCUGGCGGAGGUCGUACUGGCGCAGGCUCAAGGUGGCCUGAAUGGCGCUGAAUCGGAUCGCGACCGGGCCGAAAUCGAGCCGAUGCUGGCGACGUAUCGCCGGCUGAUUCAGGAGAUCGCACAGCCGACCGAGAAGAAACGCGGCGCGGGCGAGCUGAUCGACGUUGUCCUCACGGGAUCGACAGGCACAGUCGGCACGUUUCUUCUGCACGCCUUGCUCAGCCGCCCGGGUACUGGCCACAUUUUCUGCUUGAACCGCAGCGCCGACGCGGGCGCCGUGCAGAGAGCAAAGCUCGCUGACGCAGGGCUACUGUCAGCCGGUGACGGCAACGACGACCUUGCAGCGCGCGUCUCCUUCCUUCAGGCCGACCUCGCCGCGCCGCGCCUCGGGCUCGACGCGGCCGCCUACGAGACGAUCCGCUCGCGCGCCAGCGUGGUCAUCCACAACGCGUGGCCCGUCAACUUCAACCUGCCCCUCUCGGCCUUCCGUCCGCAGCUGACCGGCCUGGUGCACAUCUUCUCCCUCGCGGCAGCCGCCGCCCGCCCCGCGCGCGUCCUCUUCGUCUCCUCCGUCAGCGCUGUGGGCGCGGCGGCCGCACGCAGCGGCGAGCCCGCGCCGGAGCUCGUCCCAACCGACCCGGACGCGCCGUACGCCACCGGCUACUCGCGCGCCAAGUUCCUCGCGGAGCGCCUGUGCGACGCCGCGGCGGCGCACCUCAGCGGCGGCUCCGCGGCCGUCGACGUCGCCGUCGCCCGCGUCGGCCAGGUCGCCGGCCCCGUGCGCCGGCCGGGCCUGUGGAACCCGGCCGAGUGGCUGCCCACCAUGGUGCGCAGCUCGGCCGCGCUGGGCUGCCUGCCGGACAGCCUGGGCGCCGCGUUCGACGCGGUCGACUUCGUCCCCGUGGACGUCCUCGCCGACGCCGUGGUCGAUCUCGCCACGGCCGCCCCCGAGCGCCGCGCGGCCGUGUUCAACCUGCGUAACCCGCACCCCGUCCCGUGGGCGGCGUUGCUCCCGGCCGUCGCUGAUGCGCUCGCCACAGCCGCCCCGGUCUCCGGUGGGGCCCCGAGCCCGGUCGAGGUGGUUGCCCCGGCCACCUGGCUCUCCCGCCUCCAAGAGGCCGCGACGAAGGAGGGCGACAACAUCGAGGCCGCCGCGCGCCGCCUGCCCGCCCUCAAGUUGCUGGGCUUCUUCCAGGGUCUGUGGGCAAGUCAGGGAACCGAGCCGGUGGCACCCAUGGCGAUCGAGCGGGCGCUCGCGGCUAGUCCGGCGUUGGCGGCGCUGGGCCCCGUCGAGCCGGGAUGGGUGCGGAAGUGGGUGGCCGAGUGGGCGUCGGUGUGGUCGUGA